GCCUGGCGGGCCGUCGCGCAGGCGCGGUGCGAGCGAGCCGGGUGCCGCCAUGCCGACUGUCAGCGUGAAGCGCGACCUGCUCUUCCAGGCGCUGGGCAGGACCUACACUGACGAAGAAUUUAAUGACCUUUGCUUUGAGUUUGGUUUGGAGCUUGAUGAAAUUACAUCUGAGAAAGACAUUAUAAUUAAAGAAAAAGGUGAAGAAAAGGCAAAGGGUGCAUCUGAUAUCAUUCUCUAUAAAAUUGAUGUUCCUGCCAACCGUUAUGAUCUUCUUUGCCUUGAAGGGUUGGUCCGAGGAUUGCAGGUCUUUAAAGAAAGGAUAAAUGUCCCUAGGUAUGAAAAGAUAAUACCUGCUCAGGGUGAAGGUCAGAGACUGAUUAUCACUGAAGAGACUGUCCAAGUCCGUCCUCAUGCUGUAGCUGCAGUCCUUCGUAAUAUAACUUUUACCAAGGAACGUUAUGAUAGUUUCAUUGACCUCCAAGAAAAACUACACCAAAAUAUUUGCAGGAGAAGAGCGUUAGUAGCAAUAGGUACACAUGACUUGGACACCAUCUCUGGUCCAUUUACUUUUACAGCUAAAGCUCCUUCUGAAAUUAAAUUCAAGCCCUUGAAUCAAUCCAAGGAGUACACAGCUUCACAAAUUAUGGAUCUGUAUAGGACCGACAGCCACCUUCGCCACUAUUUACACCUGAUUGAAAACAAACCACUUUAUCCUGUCAUUUAUGACAGCAACGGUGUUGUUCUGUCCAUGCCACCAAUCAUCAAUGGAGAUCAUACAAAAAUAAACGUAAACACCAGAAAUGUGUUUAUUGAAUGUACAGGCACAGAUAUUACUAAGGCAAAAAUUGUUCUUGAUAUUAUAGUCACGAUGUUUAGUGAAUAUUGUGAGAAGCCGUUCAGUGUCGAAGCAGUAGAAGUAGUUUAUCCUAAUGGGAAGACCCACAUCUAUCCGGAACUGGCUUACCGAAAAGAGAAGGUGAAGCCUGAACUCAUUAACAAGAAAAUAGGAAUCAGUGAAACUCCAUCAAGCCUUGCAAAGCUGCUGACUAGGAUGUGUUUGAAGUCACACGUCAUAGGGAAUGGGAACAAUAUAGAGAUUGAAAUCCCUCCUACCAGGGCGGACAUUAUCCAUGCAUGUGAUAUUGUAGAAGAUGCAGCAAUAGCUUAUGGUUAUAACAACAUUCAGAUGACUAUUCCGAAAACGUACACCAUAGCUAAUCAACUCCCCCUCAAUAAGCUCACAGAACUUCUGAGGCUGGACUUGGCAGCUGCUGGAUUCACUGAAGCGCUCACUUUUGCCCUGUGUUCUCAAGAAGACAUUGCAGAUAAACUUGGCAUGGAUAUCUCUGCAACAAAAGCAGUGCGCAUAGCAAACCCCAAAACUGCAGAAUUUCAGGUGGCACGUACAACCCUCCUUCCUGGGCUACUGAAAACUAUUGCUGCUAACCGAAAGAUGCCCUUGCCUCUCAAACUCUUUGAGAUUUCUGACAUCGUAGUAAAAGAUCCUAAUACAGAUGUAGGUGCAAAAAAUUACAGGCACUUCUGUGCCGUUUAUUACAACAAGAGCCCAGGGUUUGAGAUUAUCCAUGGUUUGCUGGACAGGGUCAUGCAGCUUCUGGAAGUACCACCAAAUGAACAGAAUGGAUACGCUAUCAAGGCAACUGAAGUGAUUCAGAAACUCCCCUGGGAUGGCACAAAGAUUCCUUGCAGUUCUCCUCACAUUGGAAUUUAACCUUGGGAACAAUGCAGGUGGCUGAUACCCUAGUGCCAUAGUGAAUGCAGUGUCACUGCACCAACUUACUCAGAAGACCUUGACUGCAGAGAUGGUUGGAAGUAGUUUAGGGGAUUGUGUUUGGGUUUGUUGUUAUUUUGGGGUUUUGUUAUGUUUUUUUUAAACUUGCUUUGUAACCUGUCAAUGAAGCAUGUGUGAGAGAAAAUGUCAGCAGAUGGAGUAAGGUUAAUUGCUGAGUGAAAAAAAAUCUCCUGUAACAUCUUAAGAGACUGCAGCAUACUGAAAUAAUUCAGAAGAACACCGCAAGUUACUUCAGAAGUAUUAAAUCAGGACAUUACACAUGGCAUGGAGUUUCAGAUGCAUCUUUAUGGAGCACACUUUUUUAUUGCGUGUGCCAAAUUAAAAUUUGCACAGUGAGAAAUGGGUUUAUCCUAUGACUCUGAUUUAGAGAGAUCCUAAUGUGAUCUUAAGCAAAACUCGAGACUAGUAAGCAGCACAGUGUAAAGGUAGGGUUUUAGUCCAGUUUUUUUUAUUCCUUGUGUAACUGAUUAAAAUAGUUCUAGUGAUUACUGGAGAACAAUACAGAAGAAAAAUGUUGUUUUAAGUGAGUAACAAAGAAUAGAGAGAGAUGUAUUGGGCACAUAUUUGCCUCUUUUCCAAAUUCACUUUGAAAAAUGAAAUGCCUGCACUAUAGUCCUGUUUGGUCCAUAUGUGCAAAUCAUGGUUAUUUAAGCUCCUUCUGUUCCACCAACACCUAAGUGCCCUGUGAUUUGACCUUAAGGUCAGAGCCUUUUUGCCUUUAUAGCAACACCUGUGAAAAAAGUACAGAUGCUAGAAAAUAUGGGUGAAAUUGUGAUGUUCCCCUGGCCUUUGCACUACGCUUUGGUGUAAUCUGAGCUAGGUAAUAAAUGGAGAAGAACUGUUCAGAGCAGCCUUAAGGAAGAGAGUGGUUUGAGUGACUGAAUCCAAGGAUUUCAACACACAUUUGGCACUCAGUGCUUUUCAGUUUCUUAAAGUUACUAAUGGAACCUUUUUUUUCCUCCUCUUAUUACCACUAAGUAUGCAAAAUUAUAAAGUCUUACAGACAGAACUCUGGAGUGCUACCUAUUGUUUUCAGAUGCACAGAAUGGACCUUUUGAUGUGUUAGUGAAUCCUACAAUUACUGGCCUAGAAAAGCAUUUUGUGGGUUUUUUUUCUUUGUUUUAUAGCAUAGUCAUCUAUAAUCAAACAUAGCUUGAAAAGAGUACAAUUAUUGCAUCAAUCCUCAAAUUUGUACAUGCUCCGUAAUAAAAGUUUUUGCUUAAGACUCUUGAAAUUUUAGCCAGUUCCAUACCAUUAAUAAAAUAUAAAGAUCAGUAUGGAUGUGUAUGAUUAGGAAGUAAACAAAAUAAAAAUCAAACUUUUUAAACAAUAAAAAUAUAGGUAGAAAGAGCCAACAAAUUUGGUCAUAUAUUGUCAGGUAAUUUAAUAAAAUUAUUUCUUUUUAAGUUCACUUGCAUUGGUUUCAAUUCCCUCAAAUUGAAAAAUUAGAGGCAUUUGAUAAUUAUAUUGGAAGGUAUUCUUAAUUUCAAGUUUUAAUCUCUGCAGGAAUGGGUAUGUUUUCUGCAACAUUUUGGUCAUCUUGUGCUUCUGGGUAAGAUCUGAGGUGACUAUUUUCUUCCAGAAAUGAGGACCAUGAUCACAGGAGGUGAUGUUAAUCAUGGGAUUUGGGUCCAUAGUAAAGUCUUAGUUAGGCUAAAAAGAAUAAAAUAUGGCUUAGUAAAUACUGACAGUGGAUUUGAUAUGGCAGUCUUCAAAGGAGUAGUGUGAAGUGUAAGGUAUAAUUAUUCUCACUCACAUUGUAACAUUUAGAAUGACUGUCUCAUUUAAGGAAACAAACACUAGUUUUGCAGUACCUUCUGAGAGUCUCUGUACUUUGGAAGGGGAAGUUAAUUGGACACAAACUGUUUGAAAAGGGAAAAUAUCAUCCAUAUUUUAUAAAAAUGAAGCAAUUUGACUCAGAAAAUGUUAAUGGUAAAUCUGUGCAUCAAUACCGCUUCACUGUCUGUCCCACUGCCUUCCAUGACAAAAUGGCUAUUUUAGGAAUUAGCAUUCAUUCAUGUGAAAACAAACAAUCCCUGAAGAAUCUGAGCUUGCGACAUGAGCUACUUUUUGUACAUUAUUGAUUCUUGUGAAUUUCAGCUAACUCUUGGGUUUUGUUUUGGUUUGUUUUUUUUUUUUAAAGUAAAUGUUCAUGCCAUUCAUUCAUUCUUUUAGGGUAAUCAACAGCUUAGUAAAACUGGGAAGUCAGCUCAUUUGUGUUCAAUGUAAAUAUGUACUUAAUAAAUGCAUACUAAGUCUUGCAUCCUUCAGUAAUUGACAGUUGUCUUUCAAAAAAGAAAAAGAAAAAUUGCACUCCCUUCUUUUUACUGCCCUUAUUUAAUUAAAUGAAAGGUGUGGUAAAAUG